AUGGGACAUUGGGAGAAGGUGCUGUGGAAGCGGCAGCCCUUUCCCGACAAUUACAUCCCGCCCGAUGCCUUCUUGUCAUCGCUGAGGACCAAUCCGAAUUUCCAGCCGUAUACGUACUGGUCUGUGGUUCUUCUCUCGAGCGCCGUAACACAGCACCUUUCCUCGCUCUUUAUCUUUCUUGGCAUCUAUGUUCGUCUAAAGGACCUCACGCUCCAUCCUCAUCUGCUUGUUUGGUCCUCGGUGUGCUGUUUCGUCGUGGGGUACGUGGCCUGGGUGCUACUGGAUUUGUCUGGAGGCCUCGACGUCGAUUACUAUGCGAAUUUUGUCACCACACUCAAGUCUUCGAUCUUGAUGUUUCUGGCGUUGAUGUCCCUCUCCCCAGUCUUGAGGACUCUCACAGCGGCGACAUCUUCAGAUUCUAUUUGGGCUCUGUCAGCAGCUUUGUUCCUGUUAAACAUUCUCCUUGCGGACUACAGCUCUUCCAAGCUUCAAGGGCACACCCAAGAAAGAUUAACCUCCGUGUUAUCUAUGAACGCCGCGAUUUCAUCUUCGGUCGUCCUCGCCUCGCGCUUGUCAGAUGAUUUAUCAGUAUUUGCCCUUGUCCUAUUCGCAGUACAAGCAUUCGCCCUAUUCCCAAUGUUUCGGCAUCGCCUACAGGAUUCGCCCGUGUUGUUUCAAUCCUUGUUGACCAUCACAUUAGCGAGCUUCUCUCUCGUGUUGACCGCAUCGAUAUCCACCACGAUAACAUGGCUGUUUUUCUUCGCCUUGUUUGGGAUUACGUUCAUUGCUCCCGGGGUGUUGAUUUGGGCCCAAAGGUACAAGAAUGAAAUCCGAGGGCCUUGGGACGUCGCUGUACCCAGGCUUAAUUGA